AUGGAUAACAAGAAACAUACAGAUUUUCCCAUGGAACACAACCUAAGCGUCAGCCCAUGUGUGUAUGAGCAACAUCAGUUAGAUGGUGCCCCAUCAUGCUUCGCCAAAAGGAAGGGAAAGCUUUUUCUCUUGGCCCGAGAACCCCUCGAAGACACCAUAAAUCGCGCAUGCAUGGACACUCUACACAUAGCAGAAAGGGUCAAAGGGGAAAUUAUCAACGAACAGUUCCACUUGAUUCUUGUCCUGUACACGCAAAUACUGAAGGCAAAGAAGGCGCAGAACAAAGUUAACCGAGGCAUCGAUGAGAAGGUCGAAAAGGCCGUUUCUGCGGCGAUUGAAUUAUAUACCUUUAUAGAGAAGCAAGGCGAAAAUAAGAACAAAAAAUACCUGCAGAAAGUAUUCUCCAUUUGCGACACACUGUCUAAAUUGUUAAUGAAAUACAACCAGGAUAUCGUGGCUAAUCAGCCGGGGAAGGAAAUACCCAUGCCAAGGGAUGGUGACGUAUACGAGGCUUCUGGCGAAGACACACUAACCGAGGAUGAAGAACCCCAUGAAGGAAAAGCUACAGUGACAGAAAAGGAGCCGCAAUGUAAAGAAACGAGUGGAAUACGAGAUGGUACAAAAAAUACAAAAGGUGAACAAACUGUGAAAGCAGGGAAAGACGAAUGUCUACAUUUGGAAAGACUCCACCCCGAUGAUGACACAUACUUAGAAAACGAUUUUUCAACGCGAAACUGCAUCCGAUGUCUGCACAUGGCUGAAGAAUUAAACGAGACAGAAUACUACGACCCACAUAGGAAGAUAAAGCCAUUCAGAUUUUUCCAAUUAGGAGAUACAAAAUUGGCAUUACAAGAUAGAAAAAAAUUGAAGAAAAAAUUUAACCGCAUUUGUCAGAGUAAAUCAUACUUAUUGAAACAAAGAAGAAGCAAUACCUCCUCUCGAGAUGAAUCUCUGUCAAAGGGAGGAAUGAACCAUUUAAGUAAUUUGGAACGUAUACUCCUAGGAAUAAAUAGAACGGUCACCACCUUUGGCACCGAUAACAAUGGAAAUAUAAAUGCCAUCAUUGAGUUCUUUACACCAUACGGGGUGAAGGAAAAAAAUGUUAUCAACAUGAAUGAAUACGAUUAUUUCUUUUGCACUAGCAGUGACGAGUCGGUGGUGCAAAGCAGCACAAACGGACAACCACAAAAAGGAAGAACCCAAAAAGGUAAGCCCCUUUCGAACAGAAAUAACGUCUUUUACGUAGGAAAUAAGAAAGUCAUACUGAAUAAGAAAAAGAAAGAAAAAAUAAUUUUCCAAAUGGAUCCCAAUGGUAUCUUAACAAAGGAAAUUUUCAAAAAAGGAAAAAAAAAUGAAAAUAUUUUUAUAAAAUCUUUUAAGGAGAACGAAUGGUCAGAUGAUCAUGUCGACUUCUGCUACCUGAAUGAACAGAAAAAAAAAGAAAAAAUUGUCAUCACGAAAACGAGAGAUGGGAUACGGAAACGUAUAUUUAGGGACCACGAGCUGAAUGGUGGACAGGAAUCUUUCGACUUUUACAGAAGAGGCAUAUUCAGCAUUAGAGAUGUUCAUCUCUACGACGAUGCGGAGGCUAUGGCGUUUCGCAUUCUCAAAGAAAAGCAUAAAGUGGACCAAAUAAACAGCGAAAAAGAAAAAUUGGUGAAAGAAAAGAAGAAUUUUAAUGUCGCACAGAUCGCCAAGGUUACCCCAACAUAUAGCACCCCUGUCCACACUAAUGAAUGGUCACUGGAAAAAGGAGAAGCCUGCUCUGGGAGUAGCAAAGAAUAUUCCCUGGAGAGCAUUUUUACCAAGCUGAAAAAGAGAAAGGAAAGAUACCUCAAGGCUAUCUACCUGUGCACUGAUAAGGAGACGGGUCCGAUUAGGAAAUCGCAAAAAUUGAGACGAAUCAAAAUGCACCUUAAUGGGGGGGAGAUGAAGAAGCAGCCAAUGGGAAAGAGGCUCACGGGGAAGGUACCCAUCGCCGAAAGGGAGAAAGCAGUCCAUCCGGUCUCCCCAGAGAUGGAUCCUCCCAUAUUGGAAACCCGAAUAGGAAAAGUAAAGAAUGGCAAAAUGUUGCACAGAGGGUGGGCGGAUGCACCGCUUCAAAAUUGUACUGGCCCAUCUGAAAAAAAAAGGGAAAUGGACAGAGACGAAAAGGCCAAAGGGGGUGAAAAAUCGAAAUUCGUUGAGAAGGCAAAAAGAGGUGAAAAAUCCAAAAAGGAUAAACAACCACUACGCGGCCGCCUGAGCACGAAGAAUGGAGGCCACCCAAUAAGGGUCCCUGGCGAGCGCACCGACCAAGGGAAGCACGUACAGGAUGAAUCACCCAAGGAAUCCAAGAACAUUAAGGUAGGUGAAAGCACCAUGAUCUAUAGCAAAAAUGAAAAUGCAUAUAUGAACAUAUACAAUGAAGUAAAAGAAAACAACAAAACUGUGGCGGUCGGAACAUACUCAAUGGCCAAGUUAGCAUCCAUUAUAGAGAGGAGUCACGCAGAGGGAGAUAAUCCUGAGACACAUGAUCACAAAAAAACGAACAAGAAAAUUGAAGAAUUCGUCUUUGAUGAAAAUUUAAAAGAGAUAAGCAUUACCUCGCAUAGUGUGAGUAGAAAGAGCUCCAAAAAUUGCAUUAAAUAUCAUGUACCCCAGGGGGAAGUGGCCCAGAAGGAAAGUAGCCACAUUUUUAACGGGGCAAAUGAACGCAGGGAAGGCUCUGGAAAAGAAUCCCAAGGACCAGAAAAUGUAAAACCAAAUGAUUACUCAAACUAUAAUGGAGAGGAUCUGAUCAAGGCAAUCCCAACAGGGUUCAGUAAAGAAGACGCACCGUUGGAUGGGGAAACCGUACCAACAAAAUUACCAACAAAAUUACGAACAUACGGGUUACCCAACCAUCCUGAUGGUACAACUGAUAAUAAUAUUUUCAAAAAGAGUUACAAUUCAUUGAGUGAACUGUCUAAGAUUCCCUCCGCGGAAAUUUCAGAAAAUACUAUGGGGAAUUUGCGCGACCAUGUAAGGCGUCAACUAAGCGACUCGCAGGGCGAAGAGUUGAGCCAUCAGCUGAGUCGCCAACUGAGUAGUCAAACGAGCCACCAACUGAGCAGUCAAAUGAGCCACCAACUGAGCAGUCAAAUGAGCCACCAACUGAGCAGUCAAAUGAGCCACCAGAUAAGAAUCGAAGAAAAGGAACACUCUUUAAAAAAUAGACAAUCCGAAGUGAGAAGCGGAUUAAAAUCAGACGCUGAGGAAUCAAAGGAGGAAGAAAGCAUCGCCAACGCAGCUGCUAUUGCAGUGGAGACGGAAGAUAACGUUCCUAAAGGGGGUUUGCAAGAAGUGAAUGGACCCCUGGAGGAAGAAAAAGAGAAAAGGCAGCAGUAUCUCAGCAAGGGAUUCCCGGCAUACGCUCACGUAGUGUUAUCCGAAUCAAAUGUCAUUACGAGAAAGUGUACCGUGUUUUUUGACUAUGCGACUAAAAAGCUCAGCAUACUAAGAAACAAAAAAUUGUUUAAUAUAGAUGUGGAUAAGUUGUAUGUACAGGAAAUACCCACCUAUGAAGUUGACGUAGGUGUGAUCGAAUUGUUAUUUCCGAAAAAGAGAUCCAGGGUGCUGCUACUGGAGUCUCGCGAUCUUGUUGGGUUACAAAACUUGGGGAAUGAAAUUGGCUGGAUCAGCACUCCGAAUGAUCGUUUAGAUUUGCAUCGGGGAGGCUCUUCGUUGGACGCGCAAAGGCCCGCGCCACAGAAUAUGGAAGGACGAAAAAAGGACAUAACAUACAAGCUGAAUAACCAGAUCACAAAAAAAAAGAUAAGCUUCUUCGACAAAAUAAAGUUGAACAAUUUUUUGGGCAAGAAAAAAUGA